CUGCUGCUUCCAGACGAGGACAAAGCAGGGCCGCGGAUUCAGAAUUGAGAUGGAUUGAGAAAAACCUGCAAUCCCGGUCGUUCGCGCUUCGCUUCGCGUUUGCCCUUCUCAUCCAUCCAAGAUGCAACAAAUUUCUUGUAAAAAUUUUAAAAAUCUUGAAUUGUCUUAAAAAUCAUCUGCUGGGUCUGACGGGGCCUUUUGUGAGGGCUGUGGGUGUGGAGGUGUAUCCGUGGUGUCGGUGUGGAUCCAGCAAAUGCGAGCAAUGUGUUCAGAAAUUUAAAUGUAGAAGAGUGCAGAUUAUCGUAAAAAAGUGGGAGCUACCGAUCUGGACGUUCUGCACGGUUCGAGACCUUUUUGCGAAAGUGAUACCUCAACUCGUCAAUAUUGAGAUUUAACAAAAAUUAGGUUGAGUGAUCGUUCAGGAGGAGACAUAACCUAACUUUCGGGCCGAGGCUCCAAUUAAUUUUACGGAAUCAUGUUCUGGUGAUGGGGACUGGCACCUAAUUAGGAAAUUCGCAGAGAAUGCAGAGAGUACCUGAAUUUCGAUGAGCAGUUGCUGGUCCUCCGAAAAAUCAUUUUACGAUCAUGAAGGACUCGUAGUGUUGACUUGUGUUUUUUACUGCCUGCUGUGCUUUGGACGUUUGAAAGAGUACGCCCUGUGUGAUCUGAUCGCAUAACCGAUGUUUUGUCUCUUGGACGAAAAUUCUGGUGGUGGUAGUGAAGUUAUAAUCUGUCUGGUUAUGGCCGAUAAACGAGGAGCGAGGGAAGAGAGAGUUUAAAGGACAACGCAAGAUGGAUAACAAAAAAGACUUAUGUUCUGCGAAUUGAUGGGUAUAUGCUUUUCCUGCAGGAGACCUACGAGCCUUAACAACAAAAUCUCAGAGCACUUCUCGGCGUCUGUAACCCCCCUCCAUGUUUGUCUGGAGGAACAAAGAGAACCAGAAUUGGGCUCGUGCAACACCACGGCUCGAAAGCCACAGAUUAAGACUCUCCAGGAAAAACGGGAGGAAAGAGAAGAGGGUGGUGGUGAGGAGGACGCCGAAGCAAAUUCGGUCGGAGGUGCGGCCUGCGAGAUAAGGCAAAACCAUCCGAGCAUGGCAAACACCAUCAGUAAUAUGAAAAUGACCAACCCCAUAAAGGGGCUAGUCAGUAAACGUCGAAAGCGUUUCACCGAAGAUGGAUUCGACCUUGAUCUCACAUAUAUUAAAGAUAAUUUAAUAGCUAUGGGUUUCCCUGCUGAGAAGCUCGAAGGCGUUUAUAGGAAUCACAUCGACGAUGUGGUUAAAUUCUUAGAGUCGAAACAUAAGGAUCAUUAUAAAAUUUAUAACCUAUGUUCUGAGAGGUCGUACGACUGCAAGAAGUUCAAGCAAAGAGUAGCAACGUACGCAUUCGACGACCAUAACCCACCAAUGCUUGAGCAGAUAAAGCCCUUUUGUGAAGAUGUUCACAAAUGGCUUUCAGAAGACAAAGAAAAUGUCGCAGUCGUUCAUUGUAAAGCAGGUAAAGGCCGAACGGGUGUGAUGGUUUGUUGCUAUCUUCUUCAUAGUCAGCAGUUUCCCACGUCCACUGAAGCCCUAAACUAUUAUGGGACGAAAAGAACCACUGAUAGGAAAGGGGUGACAAUACCUUCGCAAAGAAGAUACGUUGGAUACUAUGCAACAUUAGUGAAAGAAGGGCUUAACUAUCAGCCAGUAACUUUAAUUUUACGAGAAAUUAAAUUAAACCCUGUUCCCAUUUUUAACGGAAACCAAGGCUAUUUGCAUUUCGUGAUAUCAGAGGCUAAUAAGAAAAUAUUUAGCUCUGACACGUACGAAGUGCGGAAAGGAGAGAACUCUUUAGUAAUCCCUCUUGAACACAAUGUUGCCCUCACUGGCGACAUUCGAGUUGAUUUUUUCAAUAGGCCGAAGAUGAAGAGAAAAGAAAAGAUGUUUCAUUUUUGGUUCAACACAUUUUUCGUACGAGAUCAAUUGGCAUCGGGGUAUGAGAAUGGAGAACUUCCAGUCGAGAGGUCGACGAGGGCAUUGAGUUGUGAUGGAACGGCUAUGGAGCUUCCCAUGAUGACGGCGCACACAAAACAGAGGACCGGAAGUUUAGCGAGUCUGGGUCUUAUGCCACCUACUCUCGUAUUAAGUAUAGAUAAAUGGGGCUUAGAUGACGCGCAUAAGGACAAACAUCACAAGCUCUAUAAUGCGAAUUUCAAAGUUACGUUAUUCAUGCACCGCGUAGGUGGGAACAUCCCAUCUACUGUGCCAGCUACAGUGACCAGAGCAGGAGAGAAUGUACAAAUAGGUAUGGGUGGCCAGGAGACGCCGAGCGAAUCCAGCGAAGCCGACAGUAGCGAAUGUGACACCACUGGUGACGACGAGGAUGGUUGGGAAUCGGUGGACUUGGACCAACGAGUGGGCCGAUACCGUCUUCUCUCGGAUGGAGGGAUGAUAGAUGUUUUGUGAGCCCAUCGCCCAUCACUCUCACAUUCAUCUUUCAACUUCGGCAUCAUUAAAAUUUCAAUUCACAAAUUUUACCAGUCGAAAUUCCAUCGACAUGGCAUUCUUGCAAAUCGUCUGUUUUUGCACCAAUAGCUAUCUCGACUAUUUUAAUUUGAGUAAUUGAGUCGCCAGAGAAUUUUUACCCCAACGAAAGCUUUUGUGAUAAAAUUAUUAUAGAGCCUCCUACUCAAUUCUGCAUUAUUUAUUUAAUUAACUAAGUUUAUGUAGCAACUAAAUUAUUUUUAUUUCGUGUAGAAACUAAAUUAUUCAUUUUAGAUAAAUUGAUUUAGAAAUUAUGAUUGUGAUUAUUGAUUGAAAUGAAUUGUGAUUAUGAAAUUCUCUGGUAAUUUUCGAAUCGUCUGAAUGUUUGAAGCAAUUUUGCAUGCUUUCACGAUCAUCGUUUACGAUAAGUAUCGGCAAUUCUCCCAGUAUUGUUUGAGGAACAUGGGAUAUUGUGAUAAAGUUUGAAAUCUACUUUUCAGUAGCGACUAACACCAGAUGUAUCUUUAUUUUUUAUGCUGACAAUCGAAUCAAGCUGGGAAAACCUCCUAUUCGUUUUAUCCGUAGAGUUUCUAUCGACUUCAUAAUACGAGAAAUAUAUUAAAUUAGAGCCUUCUAGCAUCAAGAGUUAUUCUUGGCGAGUCUUGUAAAAUUCAACCAAUCGAUUAAAAAUUGAAAUCGCUAGGAAUUGCGAAUCUGGACAUUGAGACGGCAUUUUUAAGGACCUGAAAUUUUUUUUUCAAUUGUCGAUUUGGGUUUAAAGUUUUAUCUUCACAAAUUGCCAGUUGUUACUGUUUUUAUUAAUGGCAAUGUAAAGUUGCUGAAGAUUGCAAAUCGCGCAAACAAAAAUUCAGAUGAAGGAAAAAUACUUGAAAGUCGAAUUUUACAAUAAAAUAGAAAUAAUUCUAAUUACAAUAUUUUCCGAAUGAUUUUCUGUUCUUCGACUCAUCGAGUUUGCUCUCAAGCCUUUUUAAUAUUUCUUCAUGCGAAUUCUUAAUUAUCCAUUUUUGAACGAUAAGCGAUAGGUAAAAUACAAACGAUCUUGCAUUAAUUAAUCGUGGCGAGGUAGAGAGACGAAAAAGUACAUUUUAUGUAAAGUACGGACUGACAAGAAAAUUAUGAUGUAAAGAAAACAAGACUAUUUUCAUAAGGAGUAAAUUGUAAGUCAAUAUUUAGAACUACCAGUCAUAUUCGAUUCAUUUUUUGUUUGAUUGUUUUUUUACAAACUAAUUUCAAAUUUGAGAAUUAAAAAUCAGGUUAUAUAAUUAAAAAUCAGCUUAAAAUGGAAAUAAAAUUCAGAUUAGUCAGCUAAACAGUUGUGUGAAGCAUAUCCACGAAAUGAGUUCAACUUAAUGUUUAAAACUGAACAGUAAUUUAAGCUUAGUUUGAUGAGAGAUUUUUUAUUCAGGACUGAAUUAAAUUUCGUUCCGAGAAACAGUCCACUUUAAUCGGGUAUAAUUAUUACUGAAGGAUCCCUUUCUGGUAUCUUUUUUUAUACGUAGAGUACCUAAAUGUUGGUAGCGUUAAAAAAAAUUCUACGGUUAGGAAUUAAAGUACACUAGUUGCCGAAGAGUAAAUGUUAAUAUACAAUUUGUAUAAGGAUAUUUCACGACGUAUAAUUACAGAUUUAAAAUAUCUUCCCUGCAUUUUGUAUGAGGUGCGCAUAAUUGUAUCCCGAAAUUAUGAAUGUUAUUAAAUCAAAAUUUACCGUAAAAUAAGUGAGCGAAUAUGAAAAAAAACUGGAAUUUCGUAUAAAUUAUUUCGUUUUUUCACAGAAUCCUGUCACGCGUUAAAAGGGAUUUUGAAGCAAAAUACAAAUUUUGUAUACAUGGUUCAAAUAAAAUUGAUCUCGAUUUUUCAAUGAAUAGCCGAAUAUUUUUGGCUUAGUUUUUAUUCUUUUUGUUUUUUUUUAUUUUUUUUAAUUUUUUUUUUAUUUGAACCAUCUUAGAAAGUUUCGUGUAACAGACAUUUAUACUAUUUCAUUUUGUAAAUAACUUGUGAAUAUACGCUAACAGAAUUACAGCAAUAGGAAUCUUCGCUACAAUUGAAAGAAUUCACAUUCUGAUUGAAUAAAAAAAUUAAGUAACA